UGUUUUGUUUGCUUUCUCCUCGUCACUUUUCAUUUCAUCCUCUCCGCAUCACUAUGUAAGUGUGUGUUUGUGAGUGUGCCUCUGUAUGAAGGUGUGAGCGCGAAUCUUGGAACUUUACACAGGGAUCGAGAAAGACAGAGUCUAAAGACAUUAAAGUCAAUCUGACCAUGGCCCUGAAAAACAAUUCAACAGACAUUAAAGUCAAUCUGACCAUGGCCCUGAAAAACAAUUCAACAGGUUCUAGUCCAGACUGGCUGUUGUAUGUGGUUCCUUCUAUAGCCUUUGUAGUUGGAUUGAUACUGUUCUCACAGAUCUACAGAACACAACGUCGCAGAGAGAAAGCACUUCAGCGAGUUGCUGCACUGAAGAACAUCAUGAGCACCACCUCAGCUGGACACACUUACACAAGGUACACAAGACAAGGACCCUUAGGAGCAGAGAAUAAGGACUCAAGCAAACUGCAGAACUCGAGCGGAACCAAAGGAAACCUUAAAAAACAAGAGGCCCAGUCUUAUGAGAACGUCACAACGAUAAUCUACAGUAAUGAUGAUAAUGUCAACUACUGUGUCCGUAAGGAUGAAGAUUAUAUCACUCCUGAUGCAGGUGAAGUGACAGAAACCGAAAAAUCCAUUUACCUUCAACCGCUUCAGAACCUUACAGAGACCGACGGAGAGUCAUAUGAAAACAUGGUAGGGUGUGUGUACGCUCAUCCUCGCACACCAACAUUAAAGAAUGUACUCAACGUCGAGGAUGAUGAUUAUAUUAAUCCUGAUGGUGAGAAUAAACAAAACCUGGAGCAUACAGACACAGAAUCUUAUGAGAACAUGGACAGUUUGGCGUGUCCUAAGACCAACACACACACUGGGGAGGAAGGCUGGUAUGAGUGUAUGGACAGAAGACAGAUACAGAGUUAAAACACAGACUGCAUCACGAUGAUCAUGCUUAUAAAUAUCAGCACCUUCAGGAACCUGUUCUGUGGUGUGGAGUAAACAGAGAGACGGCUGAGGAGCACAAGUGCAGAUGUCACUACAAACUCCAGAAUCUCCUCAUUUAGAAAGUGUGUGAAGACAAAAUGCUGCCCUCUACUGGCGUGAUGCAAGAUGAAUACAAUAUUUUCCCUCUGUUCAGUUAGAAUCUCCUGAAGGAAAUGUCCCAGUUCUGUUUGUGGACCGUGGACCAUGGACACACAGACACACAGACACACACACACACACACACACACACACACACACACACACACACACACACAGACACACACACACACACACACACACACACACACACACACACACA